AUAUUUCAUAUCAAUCUUCAAAACCCUAAAUAACGGCGAUUUCUUUCUCUACAAGACUGCACUACUCUGUCUUGAAAAUCUGUGGGGAUUGAGAUGGGUUUGUCUUUUCGUCUAUCAGUGAUCCAACGGUGGAGAAAGAAGAAAAGAAGACGAAGCGAAUCACUACCGGAGAUUCCAAUGGAUGUGGUGACAGAGAUUCUUACGAGAUUGCCUUCUAAAACCCUAAUGAGAUUCAAGUGCGUCUCAAAGCUCUGGUCAUCUCUCAUCCACUCUCCAUACUUGACCAGCCGUUUCCUUACGGUCCCAUCUCAACGAAUUUACAUUUGUUUAUCACACUACGAGGACUACCGUCGCUCUGAAAUCCUAACUUUAUGUCCAUGCGCUACUAGUCCAUCUUCCUCCUUUGUUGUUGACCACGAUCUGACCAUCCAAAAUAGGGGAGGCCAGAUCUUACAAAAUCUUUGUGGCUUCAUGUGCCACACAUUUUUGAAAAAACCGCGAAUGUAUAACCCUACCACCAGACAACUUGUGACCUUUCCCACCAUAAAAUUAAAACCCAAAACCUCCGCUCCAGACAGAUCUAGGUGGUGUUACUAUUUUGGACAUGACCCUGUUAACAAACAGUACAAAGUACUCUGCUCAGUUGGGGUACCUUCGAUGUCGUCAGACCAUUGGGUCUUUGACCUAAAACCUGGAGGUUCGUGGAAAAAGGUGACUUUGCCUCUAGCGGAUUUUUAUCCUCACCUUCCUCUUAGACAAGGACUGUCAUUGAAUGGGGUUAUAUAUUACCUGGCAAUGAUUGAUUGGUAUAAUUAUGUGGUUGUGAGCUUCGACAUCAGAUCUGAAGAGUUCAAAAUGAUCCAAGUUCCUCUUAAGGAAGGAGAUGUGCGACUGCAUAAAGCUAUCGAGAAGGUGUGUCUUAUAGAAUAUGGCGGAAAAGUAACUGUUUUUGACCAUACCUAUCUUGAAGACAAGGGUACAGUGAAUUUAUGGGUCCUAGAAGAUGUCAGAAACAAGGAAUGGUUGGGGAAGACUCUGGUUUUGCAGCCUUGUCAGCUGCAUUUGGUCAAAAACGUUAAUUUGGAGGUAAAAGGUAUAACUCAAAGUGGCAAGGUUAUAAUGACACCACAUUAUUUGUUUUAUAAGUUUUACAUUCUUUGUUAUGAUCUGCAAAGUAAUGAUAUGAGAGUGAUUAAAAUCAAAGGUAUACCUUACCUAUGGCGUCCUAAGAAGGGUGAAUGGUUGGCUAGUCGUUUUAGUGUGAUGUUUAUGGAUAAGAGUGAGAGCGUCGUGUACAUAAAGACUUGAAUUAUUUGUUUUGCAUAUGAGACAGAUUGAAAUCAAAGGUAUUCCCGAACACUGGUUUAGUAAGAAGGGUGAUACAUGUUUUAGUUUGAUGUUUAUGGAUCAGAGUGAGAGCGUCAUAUACUUGAAGACUUGAAUUAAUCCUUUCUAUCUCCAAUGCAUGCUCUUUUUGUGUGUUUGUGUGUGUGUGUGUGUUUAGGCUAAGAUCUCUCAUCUCCAUUUAUUUACAUAAUUAUAUUGAAGCUCUCGAUCUCAGCCCCGUCUUUCGUUAGGUUCUUGAGCCUUGCAUCUGAGUAAAAGACAAGGAACAUCAUAUCAAUUCAAAACUAUUUGGAACUUGUAACAACAUGAACCUUUUUGGAAGCAUGGAAGCAAAAGGUUCAUGCAUGUCGACCCACUUUAUACAUCCUUUUCUUCAACGCAGAACUAAACUAUAACCAAAGCAAACAUAGAUUUUGGGCCAAAAGCCUGGUCACAAAAUAAUAAAAAAACCAGGAGAGGAGAAGAAAGAAACGUAUUAUGGCCUUGUUUCUUUGAUUCUAAGGUAUUACACCAGAAAAUGGUUAUCCUAGAGAUGUCCGAGUUUGGAAGCUCGAAACUACAUUUUCAUAUGAAAGUAUGACAAUUACACAUCUAUGUCCACAUUUUAACAUAUCAAGUAUAAUCUUUCAUACAAAAGUGGACUUGGAUUGAAAUAAAGAGAAUGCAAUCUAGGCAAAUUGAGAUCUUCACAUAAGCCUGAAAUAAAGGUCAGAAUUACAAACAUGGACACAAGAGAUCAAAGGAACUAUUGCAAGUGUAUACAUCACUUUAUAGAUUUAAAUGAUGCAAUCUCAAACAAAGUACAACAUGCUUUUUUGUACGAAAAAAGACGAAUGGUGACAAACUUUUCUACUACUAUUACCAGAACAAAUAUGCCUUAAACAUUACCACAUAGAUUACUUUACACAAAGAUAACUAACAAAUUCUAUCUUAAAUGGUAAUGUAAUUACACAAAUCACAUCUCCUCCUAAUCACUUUUCUUGGUUCUGUUUUUUUACUUUUGUUAUUGUUUCAAGUGAAUUCUAUCACUAGUUCAAUUCGAAAACUUUAUUGCAUCUGAAAAAUAACAAUUUCACAAAACAAAAACACAUCAUGCAAAACCUAAUUAAUCAAAUCGAUCGGUGAAUAAUUGUAAAUUGAUAACAAAAGAAUCUGUAAAAAAAAAACACUCGGAUCAUCAAUCUCCGUGCACAAUUUCGUUAAAAAAGCUUUUCUAUCUAUUUACAAAUGCAUUGAUUAAUGCAGUGAAAGUGACUAAACCGGGGUUGAUUAAUUUUUCAUCUUCCUCAUAUCGAUUCGAUCGUGGGAGCAACAAAAAAACAAAACCCCGAUGUAGUCACUUUCAAUGCAUUGAUCGACACAAUAACUGGUCAAAAACCAAGAUCAAGCAAAAGAGAAGGACUGAUCAAAGCUUCAGAAGAAACAAUGGAAUUUUCAAAGAAGAUAGAAGAGAUUGAGAUAGAGAUAAGAGAAGGUUUUAUAUAAGAAGGAAGAUGAGAAAGAGAAAAGCGGCGUAGAUAGGUCGAAGAAACUAAAGAAACCCUAAUUCAUUAAUGGGCCGA